AUGGUGAACAUCCAAGAUCGGAUCGAGUUGGAUGGCGCCUACGGAACCAUACGAUGGAUUGGCCACCUUCCCCAGUGGGGUCCAGCGACUUUGGCGUAUGGAAUUGAGUGGGACGAUCCUCAAAGAGGGAAAAACAGCGGCUCUGUCGGAGACACUUUCUACUUUUCAGUCAAGGUGCCUCUCAGUGGGUCUUUCGUCAAGGCAAGCAAUAAGAAACUACGUUUGGGCAGGGCGUUUGUAGAUGCUCUUUGGGAGACGUACUGUGGAGAGGAGAACGUGACGGCGUUAGGGCAGGAGAUCGUGUUUGGCCUGAAGACGGUUGAGUCGUUAGGUUUUGAGGAACUCAAUAAAAGAAGGGGAAAGCUCGAGACGCUCGAGUCAAUUACGCUUGAGAAACAGGCCGUGGCAUUUUGCGGGGAUUUGAGUGAUCUUCCCGAACUCAGCGGGGUGAAGUAUCUUGAUUUGAGCUACAACUUGUUGGUGGAUGUGGAGGAGGUGAUGAAGAUUUUGGUGAAAAUGCCACUGCUUGAAUCAUUGAACGUCAACGGUAACGUUUUCACAGUUUUUGGAAAGGGACGGUUGGCUGUGGACACUGUUUCUGCAGCUUCGUGUGGAAUGGACGAGGCCAGGCUAGACCAGUUUCUUGUGCUGUUUCCGAAACUACGAAAGUUGUGCGUUGCAGGCAACGAUUUAGCUUCUGUUCCUGAAACCGCCCUCCAACACGUCGAUCUGCUUGACUUGUCCUUCAAUCGGCUCCAGGGUAUACCUAUCAUACCAUGCAGAGAGCUCAUUCUUGCCAAUAAUGCCAUCGAGACGCUUCCACAAAUGACCCUACCAACAAAGGUGUUGGACCUUCGAGAGAACAAAACCAGCGAUUGGGCCCAGGUGGAGCUGAUAUCAACGGUCUUUCCCGAGCUAGAGGAACUCCGAAUCGAUGGGUGCUCCUUGUUUGAGAAUAUGGAGGUAGAGGAAAUGACGACCCAGCUCAUCGGAAGACUUCGAUGUCUGACCGCAGGAAGGGGAAUUAAAAAGCUCAAUGGAAGCACCUUGCUGGACGACGAAAUCCGAAGCUCUGAGAUCUACCUAGUGUCUUUGAUUCAAAAGGGCACAGUGGUCCUGAGCACCAGGAUGUCCGAACUCCAAGAAAAGUACAACAUUCACCAAAGCGACGCAGCUCAAGCUCAUGGCUCUAAGGGCCACUACGUCAUAACUGUCAAAGGACCACAAGGAACACUCUUUUCCAGAACCUUUCUCCCGUCCAACUCAGUUCUACGCCUCAAAGUCUUUACUAUUAUCCGAACGACGCCCUCCACGGUUCCAAGACGUACUUGGACGACGAUGUGGCCACUUUGGCCAGCGCUGGACUAG